UAAAUUUUUAUAUUGAUAGAAAUUAAGUAAAAUUAAAUAUUUCGAUAUGUGGAAACCAUUUGAAGCUGGUAGUUCACCAGUUGACUGGUGCGAGCGCAAUUAUAACAUUUCUUCUAGUAUCGCAGAAUUUAUGAAUACGCUGAGUAAUGUAGUAUUUUUGUUACUUCCUCCUGUUCUUAUGCACCUUUUUAGAGAUUAUGGUCGAUUUGUAAAUCCGGGAAUUCAUAUAAUUUGGUUCUUAUUAAUGAUAGUAGGUCUCAGUAGUGCAUAUUUUCAUGCUACUUUAUCCCUAAUAGGACAAUUAUUAGAUGAAUUGGCAAUUUUAUGGGUAUAUAUGGCUGGUUUUUGUAUGUUUUUGCCAAGAAGAUAUUUUCCAAGUAUUUUACACAAUAAUAGAAAAAUUCUUGCCAUAUGUGCAACUUUACCAACUUUAAUUGCAACUGGUUUGUCAUUUAUACAUCCUGCAAUAAAUGCAUUUGCUUUAAUGAGUCUUGGUAUACCUGCAUUUGGGUUUAUGAUUAUCGAAUUAAAAAGGACAAAAUCAAUGAGGGUUUAUAGAUUGGGUUUACGAUGUGGUGCUGUAUGGUUAUUAGCAGUUGCUUGUUGGCUGAAUGAUCGUUUAUUUUGUGAUACUUGGUUGAACCUGAAUUUCCCUUAUUUACAUGCACUCUGGCAUUUAUUUAUUUUUAUUGCAAGCUACACAGCAGCUGUACUUUUUGCAUAUUUUUCUGUAAAAGAAGAAAAGCCACAGCAAUCACCAGUACUAAAGUAUUGGCCAAAGGAUGACUUUGAACUUGGUAUACCAUAUGUAACUAUCAGAAGUUACAUUAAACUUGAUAUUAAUACAAAUAUAUAA